CUGGGGCAGGGUGGGGGCCCCGGGGGUAUUUCCAGCAGCAGCACUCGGGGCGCUCAUUGCUCAUCGGGGUGCCGACAGCGAAGCCAUGGCCGAGGAACAGCGGGACCUCAUCUCCGACCGCAGCAGUGGCGUGCUCAGUGUUGGGAACACCCAGAGGUCUGCAUGGGGCCACAAAGCCACCCUCUCCACGGUCUCCAUCCUGGUGGCCCUGCUGAUCGCUGGCCAAGCCGUCACCAUCUACUUCGUCUACCAGCAGAGCGGGCAGAUCAGCAAGCUGACCAAGACCUCCCAGACCCUGCAGCUGGAGGCACUGCAGAGGAAGCUGCCUGCCAGUGCCAAGCCAGUCAACAAGAAGAUGUCCAUGGUGAACGUGCCCCUGGCCAUGAAGGUCCUGCCACUUGCCCCCUCUGAAGGCAACAUGGACAUGGCCCCUGCUAGCAACAAAACCGAGGACCAAGUGAAGCACCUGCUGCUGCAAGGAGACCCUGGGAAGUUUUUCCCGAAGCUGAAGGAUAACCUGAUGGACAACCUGAAGAAGCUGAAGAAGACCAUGACUGAUGCAGACUGGAAGUCCUUUGAAUCCUGGAUGCACAAGUGGCUGCUCUUUGAAAUGGCCAAGAACUCCAAGCCAGAGGAGCGUAAGCCGAUCCCAGCGGAGAAAGUGCAAACUAAGUGCCAGGCGGAGGCCAAUUCUGGGGGUGUCCGUCCCGGUCACUUCCGCCCGCAGUGUGAUGUGAACGGCGACUACCUGCCCAAGCAGUGCAAUGCCUCCACGGGCUACUGCUGGUGCUCCUACAAAAAUGGCACCAGGAUUGAGGGCACUGCCACUCGGGAAAAGCUGGACUGCCCCGGUGCCACCGCUGUCACCACCCCCGCUGCCCCCAUAGAUGUGGAGGAGAUGAUCUUCUCCGGGUCGGACAAGCUCAAGCUGGCUAUGGAGAAAGACAAGUAGAAGAGGAUGCCAGCUGACACCUGUCCCCUCUUCAGCAGCAUUGCAGCUCCUGUGUUUUUUUUUUUGCUCUAUUUCAUUUCUGCUCUUACAUUGCUUUCCCGAGACGAUUAACAGCAACCAGCCCUGUGUGCUCCUGCCCGAGGCAUCGGCUGUGACCCUUCCCCUGCUGCAGGGCACCACAGGGCUGCAGCUGCCACCAGGAUCAGUGCUAGAGACAAAGUCUUCCCUCAAAGGGUGGGUAAAGCAAGCUGGAAAGUGUUUUCCACAAUGCCAGACUCAUAAAUCCUGUUCGCUUUAGCUCAUCUGCAUCCCACAGCACCCGGGCAGCAGCAGGCGCAAAGCUCACCCCUGCUGAAGAAUAAGCUACUAAUGCUUUCUUAUACUGAACGAACAUUAAAAGCAGCAAAACCACCUCCACCAGCUUCUUAACUGACCCCUGUAGGUUGAAGCACUGUUAGAUUAGUAGAGGUUUUUUCCUGUGGAGUGCUCAGCUGUGUAGAGAGUGCUCACCUUCAGCUUGCCUUCAGGCUGGAGGCCAGCUGCAGCAGUGGGUAACAGCAGGCAGAGGAGCUGACCCUGGAGUCAGAGGGGCUUCUAAUUUUCUGACUAUUCUGCUAGUUCCUUUAUAAAUGACCUCACAAGCUAAUUAUUUCAAAUAAACUUUUGAAUAAGAAA